AUGUCGAAGCUGUCCGCUGCUGCGACGGCCACCGCCGCCGUGUGGGGCGCCAGCGCCUUCGUGGCGCCGGGGACGAGCAACUCCCUGCGGGGCCAGGGAGCUAGCAGUGCAGGAGCCCAGCGCUCGAUCGCCAGCGGCUUGGCCUCCACCGGAGCUGUUGGCUUGGCCGCCCUGGCUGCCGCUGGCUUCGCGGCCCGUCCCGCUGCCGCCGGCCGCACGGUCGUGCGCGCGUAUGAUGCCUCCAAUGAGAUCGGCGCCUGCGAUCCUUUGCUCUUCUGGGACCCCAUCGGCUACUGCGGUGGCGACUGCACCAAGCAGGACUUCGACCGCCGCCGUGCCGUCGAGCUGAAGCACGGCCGGAUCUGCAUGUUCGCCACCAUCGGCAUGCUUUGGCCUGACAUCUUCGGCAAGUUCGACGGCUACCUGAGCCCCUCGCAGAACCUGAAGUUCGCCGACGUGCCCAGCGGCCUCGCCGCCAUCAGCAAGGUGCCAUUGGAGGGUUGGCUGCAAGUGCUCUUGGUCGCUGGGCUCAUUGAGACUCAGCUCUUCAAGGACCAGUCCUUCGGAGGCUUCGCCUACGCCAAGUACGGCGAGCCCGGCAACUUCGGCACCGGCUACUGGGGACGCAAGAUCGCGGACCCCGCGGAGCGGCGUCUGAAGCUCACCACCGAGCUGAACAAUGGGCGCUUGGCCAUGGUGGCCAUGACAGCCAUGUUGAUUCAGAACGGCUUGACUGGGCAGUCGCCGGUGGAGCAGCUCACCUCGGGACACAUUUCUCCCUUCAAUGAUGGCCAGGGCUUCUUUGCCCAGUUCGAUGCCAGCAAGGAGUUGGGUGCUUGCCCUCCCUUGGGCUACUGGGAUCCUUUUGGCAUGAUGGCCUUCCAGGAUGAGGAGAAGUUCCGCCGCAACCGGGAGCUGGAGCUCAAGCACGGGCGCAUUUGCAUGGUCGCCACCAUCGGCAUGAUCGUGCCCGACCUCUUUGGCCGCUUCGGAGGCGAUCUGUCUCCCUCCCUGGGUCUGAAGUUCAGCGACAUCCCCUGCACCAUCGAGGCGAUCUACAAGGUCCCGGUGGCUGGGUGGCUCCAGGUCUUCGCCUUGGCGGGUGCCAUUGAAGCCAAGAAUUUGGCCUUCCCCACGAACUACGGCUAUCCUCCCUUUUGGGGUCAGAUCGACAAGCUCGAGCCGGAGGAGAAACAGAAGAAGCUGUUGGCCGAGAUCAACAACGGGCGCUUGGCCAUGGUGGCGAUGGCCGCCAUUGUGGCACAGAACGGAGCCACUGGUCAGUCCUUGGUGGAGCAAUUCACCACAGGCAACUUGAACCCUUUCAUCGGCGGCUAUGCUCAGAAGGAGACGGCUGACAAGGUGGCCAUGCGUGCUCAGUCCGACUUCUUCUUCAGCGGGAAGGCGGGUGGAAACAGUGAGGCGAUCCCUUGGGAGAAGGUCCCGGAAGGCCUCUCCAACGACCUCUUCGGCCCUUAUGUGGGCGACGUGGGCUUCGACCCUGCCGGCUUCGCCAAGAACUCUCGCUUGCUCCCUUGGUACCGUGAGGCUGAGCUGGCACACGGGCGCGUGUGCAUGUUGGCAACUCUGGGCUACACCGUGCAGACCUCCGGCGCCAAGAUCGAGCCCUUCAUCACACGCUAUCCGACCGACUCCUCGGACCCUCUGAAGGCCGCCACCCAGGUGCCGAUCGUCGGAUGGCUGCAGAUCCUCGUGGUGAUCGCCCUCUCGGAGCUCUGGCGCUACGAGAACGUCAUCAGCAAAUACGACGAGGGCGUGGCUCCUGGUGACUUGGGCUGGAACGUCACGGCGCCCAUGGGCUCCAAGCGUCCCAAGUGGUUCGGGCCUACCUUCUCUGCCAACUACUCCACGGAGGAGUGGAACAACAUGCGCCUGAGGGAGAUCAAGCACUGCCGCUUGGCCAUGGUGGGAUUUUUCUUCAUGGUCUUGACCAACGCUUCGACGGGACAAGGUCCAUCCCUCCUGCCCACCUACACCCAGGAGGAGUUCCAGUCCACCGUGGGUGAUUUCAUCCCCAAGGGUUUCCGGGACAACUUGGAAGCCAAGGAGAUCAAAGGCGGCUCGCAAGGCGCCUCCUUAGGCAUCACACCCGGCUGGCGCCUGGUGACGCUGAACGGCGAAGCCUUGAGUAACAGCAAAGAGCUGGUGGCCAAAAUCAAGGGCCUGAAGAGCUCGGGCGCCAGCUCCGCGUCCUCCCGGUGGAAACGCCCCGCCGAGGAUGUGGAGGAGAUCACCCUGGAUCCCCAGCAGCCCUUGGGCGUCGCCUGGACCGACGACCUCCACGUGCAGGAGGUGCUGGCCGGGUCUCAGGCGGAAGCUAUGGGGAUCCGUGCUCAGUGGAAACUCUUGCAACUGGCCGGGGAAGAUGUGAGCAACAAGGAGGACGUCGAGCAACAGCUCCAGUUGCGGAAGGAUGCCAAUGGUGCUUCGAAAGAGGUGCGCCUGCGCUUCUCCGUGCCCAGAGGCGGCCCACCCGAGAAGCGCCAGCGCACCGGGUGA